CCAUUGCUGACUGAUUUUUCUGCAUCAUGGCUUCCAGGCUGUUUGCGAUGGCAGGGUUUGACAACUUCAACACAGACUUUUACCAGUCUAGUUACAGUGUAGAUGACCAGAACCAAGCAGGAUACGGCUACAGCAACACAGAGGACCCGUACAGCAAAGGCCAGUAUGGCCAGUAUGAUUACUCUCAGCCGAUGGGCGCCCCGGGGAUGAUCCCGCCCCAGCAGCCGUACACGGGCCAGAUCUUCCAGCCCACGCCAGCGUUUACACCCGCCUCCCCUCAGUCCAUGUACGGCAGCAGCUUUGAGGACGAGCCUCCGUUGCUGGAGGAGCUGGGGAUCAACUUCGACCACAUCUGGCAGAAGACUCUGACUGUGCUGCACCCGCUGAAGGCAGCAGAUGGCAGUAUAAUGAACGAAACCGAUCUGGCUGGUCCCAUGGUGUUCUGUUUGGCUUUUGGGGCGACGCUACUCUUGACUGGUAAGAUCCAGUUUGGUUACGUGUACGGUAUCAGUGCCAUCGGGUGCCUGGGCAUGUACUGCCUGCUCAACCUCAUGAGCAUGACGGGGGUUUCGUUUGGGUGUGUCGCUAGUGUUCUCGGGUACUGCCUGCUCCCCAUGAUCAUCCUGUCCAGUUUCGGGGUCCUCUUCUCCUUACAGGGCAUGAUGGGUAUCAUUAUAACAGCCUCCAUCAUUGGUUGGUGCAGUUUUUCGGCCUCUAAAAUCUUCAUCUCUGCUCUGGCCAUGGACGGGCAGCAGCUGCUGGUGGCGUAUCCCUGUGCCCUGCUGUACGGAGUCUUCGCCCUCAUCUCCGUUUUUUGAUCUCUCGACCUCUUUUAAUGGACAAAAUGACCACCAAUACGCAACACCUUUUAUUUGAGGACUGCUUUUGAUAACACACACACAUCGCAAACCGCUCACCGAGUGUGUCCAGUGUUUAUCAUGCUCUAAGAGAAUGUGGCAUUCAUUUCUUCUGCUUUAUUCUUACCCGCCCACCUACACUGAGAAAUGUUUUUGCUUACGUAAUGCAGGUUAAAACUUGGUUCUUUUUUUCUUUUAUACAUUCACCGCAUUCUAUUGUUCUUUGCAAAAUACUUUAACAAAGCCAGAAAAUGAAGUGUGUUUAUCGAAGAGAAGAAUCAAUGCAAAGGGCACACGUCUCCUCCUACACAACACUGCUUUUCACUCCAGAACGUUCUUUGCAAAGUGCACUAGUAAUUGAAUCUUUCUUGGAAUAGUUUUCCUUUACAUUCCUGAAAUGCUGUCGAUUUGUUCGGCCUGUGUUCGUUCACACACUUGGGUCAGUGAGUGCCAUUUCACACACAUUUUCCAUAAUGUACUAGGUAAAUGAAAUGGAACGAUAAAAAUAAUCACUCUUUUGUGCAUAUUUUUCAAGCCGAUUUGAAGGAAUAGUUUAGCCAAAAAUAAAAAUGCUUUCAUUUACUCACCCACAAUAUGGUUCCAAACCUGUAUGCCUUUCUUUCAUGAGUCAUAAGGAGAAUUUCUGAGGAAGUUUACUGGUUGUUCCUAUGUUCAAUUACCCAGUUCACUGGAUUUGGAUGGGGGGAAAAGCAUGUAAAAUGAUAUGUGUGUGUCCCAUUGGAGAAAGUCA